AGUUCGUGUUUUAAAGAGAAACAGACACUGAAAUAAAUAAAUCUCUGUUCUCUCAGCCAUCUCUGAUGUAGCCUAUAAUCAGCAUGAACUUUUAAGAUCAUAUAACUGUAUUUCGUUUUAAUAAAUUUGCAAAGUUAUCAACAAAUCAGUUUUUUGCUUUGUCAUUAUGGGUCUGAUGUGAAAAGAACAAGAAUGGGUGUGGGCAUAUUUAAUUAUGUAGCCUAUAUGUGAAAGUGAAACUUAAAAAUAGAGCUAUAUAACGGUUCUGGUGUAGGUCUGCUUGAAGUGAGAUACAAGUCAACUGUGUUCCAGGACAGAGCUGAUGUAAAUAUAUCGAAGGGGGAAAAACAAACAAAAAAUGGGAGGAUCAGAAUCAAAGCCAAUACAACAAGAAGUGCAUCAACCAAAACCAAAUCCAGAACCGAAACCAAAUCCAGAACUGGAUGAACCAUGGAGGAAAUUUGACUGGGGACAGAAAGAAGCUCUGAAAGAAAAGCUGGAAAACUUCUCUCUGAGUGAUCCAGAUGUAAACCACAUCAAGAUCCUGGUAGCUGGACAAGUUGGAGCAGGAAAGUCCAGCUUUAUCAACUCCAUCGAUAGUGUCUUUCAAGGACGGAUCUGCUCUAGAGCGUUAGUUAAUACAGCUGCUGGUGACAGUCGUAGUUUCACACAAAAGCUCAAAGGAUUCCCCAUCAGAAGUGGGAGAAAAUCUUUGCCUUUCGUCUUCAAGGAUAUAAUGGGCUUAGAAGCUGCUGCGUUGGCUGGGUCACAAACAGAUGACAUCAUCAAUGCUGUGUUUGGCCAUGUGAAGGACGGCUAUAAAUUCAACCAGGAGCAGGCACUCACUUAUAAGGAUCAGCAUUACACCAGUGACCCUACCCUCUCCGAUCAGGCUUUCUGCCUGGUUUAUGUCAUAGCUGCAGAUACAGUCCAACUCACAGAUGAUAAACUUAUUGACAAGUUGAAGAUCAUCCGCAAGAGAAUCAAUGAUCAGGGGAUUCCUCAAGUGAUUAUCAUGACCAAAGUGGAUGAAGCAUGUCCGCUGGUCAACAAGGAUCUAAGGAAGAUCUACACUAGCAAGAAGAUCAAAGAGAAGAUGGAGUUGUGCAGCACCAAAGUAGGUGUGCCAUUGUCAAACAUCUUCCCAGUGAAGAACUACCACGAGGAGAUUGACACAGAGGAUGACAUUGAUGUUCUGAUACUAAAGGCACUUGAACAGAUUGUUCAGAUUGCAGAUGAUAGAUUGUUGGACAGGGAAAUCUACUGACAAAAUCACAUAUAUACAGUUAUUAAUGCAUAUAAAUCACAUCAUAAAAUCACAUAUAAUGCAUUUGAAGUGGGUCAUUCUUUGAAUUUCUUUAUCAGAGGAACAUAAUUUUAGGAAGAUUGUGAAUUAAAAUGACUAUAAAGAGGAUUAUGUUUUGUGUUUAGUUUUACAAAUAUAUCUACAGUCAGGGUUCAAAGUCAAUGAAAAUCUGGGACUCAAAACUAAUGUAAACCUGGAAAUUAAUAGAAAGAUUCAGAAAUUGAAAAUUGUUUAGGAAAAGUUAUGUAAAAUAUUUCUACAUUUAACAACAUUAAAACUAUUAAAAUAUAUAAAUAAAUAAUAUGGGACUUUGUGUUUUAGAUUCUUCAAAACAUGAACAAAAUAACUUUUGCUUAUUGAGAUCUGAUGAAUAAAUCCUAUUUAAUCUUGAAUUGUUCAUUUUUCUUUGACCAUACAUGUAUUCAGCCUGUACUAAAACCGUGAAUUGGGGUAUCUGGAGCAAUGGGUAUUCAGAUUGAGAGAAAGCAUAACUUUCUAGAAAUUCAUGUUGAAAUAUAUUCUCCUCUUGGCAUUUCACCUCUGUGAAUAUCAACAAUGAAUAUUGUUGAUGUGACAAAUUGCUUAUAUGCUCCUCUGAGAUGCUGUGGAUAAAAGUGCAUGCUAAAUGCAUAAAUAUAAAAUGCGUAACUGUAAAUUGAAAUUGAGGAAGAUAAACAGCUAUGAGGAUUUUAGUCCGUGGCUUUGACAAGCAUGGAGAUGCCUCAGUGCACUGAAUAAACUGCUUAAUAAACUGCUUAUUACAAAUUGA